AAUGUUAAUUUUUAUUGCAAAAUGUUUCUUUACUGGAUUGCCUCUACUUGUUGGCUGUUGCUUUGGUCCAUUUAUCUGGCCGUUUGUUACUCAGUACUAAUGAUAAGAAUUAAUCAAAUUUUGUUACAAAGUUUUUCCCUAAAAAUUUUGCUAAAUAACCAGUAAUUUUCUGCAUACAUGGUUUCUGGGGAUCUUUCUCUCAAGAAAUGGCUACCACCAAGAUAUCUUUUCGCUCUAGUUCUUGUCUUGGAUGUUAUUCCAUGCAAUUAUGCAUAUAUUCUUAGCACUUGCAAGUUUGAUGCCAUACAUCAGGUUGGGGAUUCGAUUUCAGAUACCGGCAAUUAUAUUCAAGAGAACCCUUCAUCUGUAUAUGCCAGGCUACCCUAUGGCGAAACCUUCUUCAAGAAGGCAACUGGUAGAUGCUCCAAUGGCUUGUUAAUGAUUGAUUAUCUAGCACUAUCUGCUGAAAUUCCUUUUCUUGACGCCUACUUAAACAAAGAUGGGUUAUUUGAUCAUGGAGUUAACUUCGCGGUUGCCGGAGCUACUGCCUUGUCUGUGGAAGUUCUAUCCAAGAGAAAUAUUUCCUCUGUGCCUACCAACAAAUCUCUGAGUAAUCAACUUGAUUGGAUGUUUAGCUAUUUCAAUAGAACUUGUCGCUAUGACAAAGAUUGUUUCAUCAAAAAUGGAAGAGCUCUUUUCAUGGUUGGGGAGAUAGGAGGAAAUGAUUAUAAUUAUGCCUUUCAGAUAGGAAAUUUAACCUUAGAGGAGGUUGAGGCCAUGGUGCCCGAGGUAGUUCAAGCCAUAAAAUAUGCUGUCAAAAGAGUUAUAGGAUAUGGUGCUACUCGGCUAGUUGUCCCUGGAAACUUCCCCAUUGGCUGCUUUCCUGUGUAUCUCACUAAAUUUCAAACAAAUGAUACUACUGCUUAUGAUGACCUUCAUUGUCUAAAGUAUUUGAAUAAUAUUUCAAUUUAUCAUAACGAUCUUCUCCAACAAGCCAUCGAGGAGCUAAAAGAAGAACAUCCCAAUGUGAUCAUUGUCUAUGGUAACUAUUACACUGCAUUCCAGUGGCUUUUGAGCAAGGCUAAUCUGCUUGGUUUUGAUCCGACGUCGGUACAAAAAGCUUGUUGUGGGAUUGGAGGUAAAUACAACUUUGACCCAUCAAGAUGGUGUGCAAAAUAUCCUGAAGUAACAGUCUGUUUAAACCCUGAUGAACGACUGAGUUGGGAUGGACUUCAUUUGACACAAAGGGCCUACGAAUUAAUGGCAGCUUGGCUCAUCCGCGACAUCUAUCCGAAACUGCAAUGCGAACACACUGUUUUGUACAGUUCUGCUGUCUAGUUUCAGACAAGAACUUGUGGUGUGUAGUCUAUUCUUCAAACUCUUUGUUAUUGAAACAUUCUUCUUUUGGUCAGUCAAGAUUUGAUUUUCUGCUUCACUUCUGCAAUCCUGUUAGGAUUACUUUUUACAAUGCGGUACAAAAUCUAUAGACUUGAGUUUUUCAUGUAUCGAUCUUCACCACAGAAAGCUAUAGGCUUUCAAAAUUCUAAUCUAAAUCCAAGAAGGUAAUAACGCCA